AUGGGUAUUCUUCAUUUUCGCUCCCGACGAGCGACACCAACGCAAACGCAAACCCUUCCACUAAGGCCUUCGCAGCCUUCAGCCCACGGCAGACAUGAAUCACGGACCUCUCGAUUGCCGCAUAAUCAACGUCUUUUUCGGGAACGCGACAUUAGGUAUCGAGAAACCAAUUACGAAAGCUCUAGUGAGAGCUCAGGCGACGAAUCAUGUUGCGAUGUCGAGUCUAAGCAAUGGAUAGAUAGCACAUCGCUCAAUCACCCCAGUAUCCAACUUACCAGGCAGAAUUUACUGCCAGUGGCUCGUGUACAGCUUGAAAGUUUCUUCUCUGAAGCGACAUACACCGAGCCGCCGCGAGUACAACAAGAAUGCGGAAAUGGAUCAAUAUGGCCUCUUUCAAGGGACCCGAUGACAGAGGGCAACAAUCAAUAUUGCACAAGCGACGACUCUUUUGUCAUUAUACCAACAUUUGGGAGAUACUUCCACUACCGAUGCCCCUUCUAUGCUUUGGACCCACGGAGAUACCAGAGCUGCAUGAUUCAACACGAACUUCACUCGAUUGAGAGUGUGAUAAAGCAUGUCAAACGGCAUCACGCUAGGCCGCCUUACUGUCCAAGGUGCUCAAAGACUUUUGAGACUGUGUCGAAAUGCGACAGGCAUAUCCUGGAGAAGAGAUGCAGAACGAAGUCUCUGAAAAUACCAGACGGAGUAAAUUUCUACCAAAGAAGCAGACUUUCCCAGAAAGACAAUCCCCAACUAUCGAAUAGACGGCGCUGGGAGCGUAUGUACAAUGUGAUCUUCCCGGAGGCUGAAAGUUGUCCCUCGCCAUAUUUGGAUAGUGGGGUUGGGCUGGCCGUGUCGAUGGCACGAGACUUUUGGAGAGGUCAAGGAAGAGAUGUGGUAUCUGAGUGUUUGGCGGGCGAGAAUUGGCUGUCAUUCGGCCUAGGAGAUGAUGCACAUGCUGUACUGUAUGAGUUGGUCAUCUUUGAUCUUAUCGGGCAACUCGUGGAGGAAGGUUGA